AUGAGAAUAUUGGUUCCCUCAGACAAGACUAUUGAUGACGAUGUGAAGCAGUUAAAACAAUCGCAUUUGGACCGCAAAUUCGUGGUCUUUGACGAAGAUUUACGUAUCUUCUUUCUACUUGAUCCUAACACUGCAAUUCACACAAUUCAGGUAUACAUCAAUGAGGCAUGCGUUUACAGUACGAAGCAACCCCUAGACUGCUUGAUAGAGCAUACUGAUGGCCUUUGGGAGUUACAGAAAUCGGUGGUGGACAACCACAUUUUUCUGUCCAACAUGGUGAUGAACAAUGGCCAUAAGAAUCAUUGGAUGAUCAAAGCGUCAUAUGCGGUACAAACGUCGGAAAAAGUGCCCAAACCACAAACCACGGGCUCUGUAAUUGCAGAAGAGCCACUUCUGCCGAGCUUCGAGCCGCUAGGAACUGUCAAAAAACCUUCUCAAUCGGUGGCCGUUAAACCGUCAAAACACGAACUUCACACGGUAGAAAUCACAUUCCCGAUCCAUACCUUACUCAACGUCCGGCUCCGCAAUGUUGCAUUGCCUACCAAGCAGUGCAUUUAUUCUUCGCUCGAUUUGCAGACGUCUAAAUCGUGCCAUAGCCUUAUGAGUCAAUACCAUCUCGCUGAGUUCAAGAUUGUGAUGAACAAAAUCGACUACCGGGUGCUGAACAAUUACUCCAGUGCCUCCGUGGAACCCGUUUGCGGCGUAGAGCCCGAUUUGGUCCUUGGUGUGUGGGACAGUUACAGUAUAAACUACGCACUUCCGCAGACAAAGACCCUGGAUUCCCACCGCGUGCGUGUUCUGCUCCGAUACACCGUACAAGCUCACCCGUUCGCGUUCACGGUUGAAACCGCUUGGGAAACGGAUGUCACUCUGCGAAGACCCAAUGCCUCCAUGAAGCUGACGUCGCAGCCCACGUCAGUGAUCUCAACGCCCAUGCAUACGCCCUCCAUGAAAUUUGCCGCUUCCACGAACUCUCUGGUCGCCACAGACAAGCUUAGCGGCGUGACUUUUGAUUUCUUGGCCACUGAGCCACCAAGGUUCGCCAUGGGUGCUAAGUUUUCCCUGUCAUUGCAGAUCACAAACCACUCACACGGACCAUUGGAUCUGGUUGUGUACUGCGCAAAUUCGGCGGUGGAGCCCCAGGGCCAAUUUCCGAUCGAGAAAGAGUACAUGCUCCACCAAAGAUGGAUGAAAAAUACACAGACUAUCGUACUACUGUCGAACGACCGUCGACUUCCAACGCUACAGCCGUCCGAAACGUUAUGUGUGGAUCUGGACUUUUUUUCGGUUUUAAGAGGCUACUUCAAUGGGAUCCCGGGACUUCGGGUCCUGGAUCUGGAUUCACAAGAAGUCCGGGCUAUUGGAGGUGGCGUUAAGAUACAAAUCUACUAA